UUUUUUUUUUUUAAAUAAAUAAACAUAUUUAUAUACAAAUAUAUACAUAAACUCUAACGAUUAGAGAUUAGACAUAAUCAUCUUAAACUUUAAGAUGUCAGUAUAUACACCAGUAAUUAGAUUACCACCGAAACGCAAACCUAGUUUAGUUCGUAGCCAUAGCAAUACAAAUUACCAACGAAUAUAAGAGAGAGUGAUAUACGCACAUUAUUGCAACAUUGUAUGCCUAUUGAAAUCUCUAUCGAUAGAGAGAAAGACAUUGGGCAGUUACGAUUCAGUCAUCCUAAAUAUGCUGAUAGAGCUUACUCGCUUUAUAAUGGAUUCACUUUUACUAAUAAUACAAAGUUAGAGCUUCAAAUGUAUCAAGAUAAACGUUUGGAUCCUGAAGCAACAGCUGUACUUUUAGAAAUCAAUGGCUUACCUGAAUAUUUCGAUGACAAUAGAUUGUAUGAUUUAUUUCGCCCCUUUGGACCUUUAAACCUAUGCAAAUGUGUUAUGAAAGAUGGUGCUUUUAGAGGAACUGCCUUUAUUCAAUAUUUUGAUAGCUUUAAUUCUGAUAAAGCUAUAUUUAAACUGAAUGAUUAUUUAUUGGAUGGUUAUAAGCUAUCUGUUGUACCUUUUAUACCUUUGAAAGUACAUUCAUUACAACACCAACAAGAGGAGUCUUCAAGCAAUAAUAGUACAACUGUAGAUGAUACACAGCACUCUGUAGACAUUAUGAAUCUUUAUAUUAAAAAUCUUGAGCCAUAUAUUACGAAUCAAGAUUUGAGUCAAGCAUUCCGAAAAUUCGGUCGAAUUGUUUCUGCUAGAGUUAUGACAAAUCCAGCAACAGGGCAAUCAAAAGGCUAUGGAUUUGUCAGUUUCAGUAAGUCAGAAGAAGCCGCUGCUGCUUUAAGAGAAAUGAAUGGAAUUAUGCUGGGUAAUAAACCCAUUGUCGUUGCUUAUCAUGAACCUCGAAAAGGAAGACCAAAUACUAUGAUUCAAAAUAAUAACCACCAUCUUCCUAAUAAUUCAUUUGCAAACCAACAACAAUAUUAUACACCUGAUCGUUCUCAACAACAUAUACGUUCUGCUAACAUAAACGAUCUUAGCAUGGACGAAUUAGGAAUAAACAUAAAAGAUAUUUCAAAAUCUACAACAUUAAAUACAACAACUAUCAAUUUACCACAAAGAAAGAACUCAGAUUCAGUUCAUGUGGAUCAACAAGCAACCCAGUAUCAUUCACAUUUCGGUAAUAGUAAAUUAUCGCCACAAUUUUCCUCUUCGCCUAUGUCGGGUACCAGUACAGGUCGAUCUCUUGCAUCUCUUGCAUCAGGCCUGAGUAUUCAACAACCUCCCAUGUUACAACAGCAAACUACAGUAGUAAAUAUAGGACAUAAUGGUCGUCCUACAUUACGCAGACGUGGAUCAUUAGAGUCUGUUAUGACUGAAUCAAGUGCUAAUUUGCAGCGAAUAAAAUUAGAAGAAGCUGUAAGAAAAUGUGGUGAAUAUGGCAAAGCAACUGUUGAUAUUGUUGAUAUGCUUUUAACUUUAAAAAGAAAAGAGAGGUCAUUAUGUCUUUUUAAUCCGGAUUUUUUACGUGAAAAAGUACAAUUGGCUUUGGAUGCUUUAGCUACUUGUAAUGAUAUAGAUAAUGAAGAGGAAGAAGUGGAUAGAAUAGAAACUGAGUAUAUUAUGAGAAAGAACAUAGCAUCCACUAAAAGAGUAUCUAUGAUGUACACAUCGUCACCUCCACAACCCAUUUAUUACAAUAAUGAAGCAAUGUUACCAACAGUAAUAAAAAAGGAAUCAAAGGCUAUUCCCAUUGUAGCACCUUCACCUUCCAAUACCCACUUAAAAGAAUCCGAGACUACUACCCACCUUUUAACAAAAGAAAACUUACUCAGUAAUGAUAACAAUAAUGUAGAAAUUACCUCUACUUUAUCUGAUAAAAGUGAUACCAAUCAUAAGGAUAUUGAAUCACUUUUGAAUUCGCUUGAAGGAAAGCCUAUUCAUGAAAAGAAACAAUUAUUAGGCGAUAAAUUAUUCCCACUUGUCAAGUCUACGGGUACGAAACAAGCACCCAAAGUAACAAUUUACUUGUUGGAUACAGUGGACUUACAUGAACUAGCACAUAUCAUGUAUGAUACCCAAACAUUAAAAGCCCGUGUAGAAGAUGCUUUCAGUUGUUUGCAACGACAAUAAUAAUAAUAAUAACAACAAUAAUGAUAAAACUUUUUCUGUCUUUUUUUUCUUUUUC